AUGGCUAAGAAGAUCCUACUUAUCAAUGGCCCAAACUUGAACUUGCUUGGCUCCAGAGAGCCAGAAAAGUACGGCACAACUACAUUGAAAGACAUUGAGAACACAGCCAAGGAUCAGGCCAGUCAACGCGGCGCAGAGGUACUUGCUUAUCAAAGCAAUACCGAGGGCCACAUUGUCGACCGCAUUCACCAAGCCGCCAAAGAAGGCGUUGACUUUGUCGUUAUCAAUGCUGGAGCUUAUACCCAUACUUCUGUUGCUAUAAGAGACGCAUUGCUAGGCAUUGCCGUUCCUUUCAUUGAGGUUCACAUAACUAACGUGCAUCGCCGAGAGCCUUUCAGACACCACCUGUACCUUUCUGAUGUAUCUGUCGCCGUCAUCGCCGGCUUGGGUGCUUAUGGAUACACUGCUGCUAUCCAGUAUGCCCUCGAUAACUAG